GACACUUUGGUUACUUAAAUGACCGUCAGAGGAUCUCAAAGUAAAACCUUUCGAUUUUAUCGACAGACGACACAUGUCAAAAUAGCGGUGCGACCGUUUGCAGUGCAUAUAAAUAAUUUUUUCAGCGUGUUAGUUAUAAGUAAGCCUGAACAAAAAUGAAGCUUUUAACCCAUAACAUGUUGACGUCAAAAUGUUUGAAAGGCGUUACAGUAGGAUACCCUUUAGCGAUUGUGGCCAAGGAUAUCAAGGUUUCAGAAGUUGAUUUCAAUUCCGAAUUCAUCGCCAGAAUUAUUCCCAAAUUAGAUUGGGCCACCCUGUGGAAAGCAGCUGAGAGCAUUGGUCAUGUUGGUGAGCUACCACAGACACUUGUGGAAGAUUUUGAAGAAAAUGAAGAUUUCCUUAAAAAAGUCCAUCACAUUUUGUUAGAAGUUGAAGUGAUAAAUGGCGACUUGCUGUGCCCUGAGUCAGGAAGAAAGUUUCCAAUAAAUGACGGGAUCCCAAAUAUGUUACUCAAUGAAGAUGAAGUGUAGAAAUAAGCUGUAGUCAUAUAUAUUCCUACCAAAAAUCUUGACAAGAUCGUACAUUGAUGGAAUAUCGAUAACUUUUUCAUUAAAAAAUCCUUGUACAUUGCCACUUUAUUCAAUAUUACUAUUAGUUUAGAAAAACAAGUCGAUAUUACAUUUCAGCCGUUUAAUGAUGAAUAGUCUUCUCUGUCUAUAGAAAAUUCUAUAUAGAAUAUAGAAUAUGCGAUUUAAAGAGAUACCUAUUACUAUAACUAAUGCCUCAGUCAUUUAUAGAUGCAUCUAAAGAAAUUCGCAUUUAAAAGUGUUCAAAAGAUCAGCAUUUAUUUAUAUUUCAGUAGAAUAUAUGUAUAUUCUUGCAAGAAUUUUUGUUCAAACUAUUUUGGCGCUAUUGUCAAUUUACACGUGUCUCUUAUAAUAAUUCUACGUACUUCACGUAAUUAUCUUUAAUUGCAGUCAUUGUAAAUUUUGUAGUAAAUAGAUGCAUCAUUAACGUUAUUUAUUUAUAAUCUUUUGUCUUGAAUAAUGAUGACUGUCUUUUAGAGUUAAAACUAGUAACUUAACUACAUGUUAUUAGAUUUCAUAUCUUCGCAUUAAGUCUUCAAAAGUAAAUGGCAAAAUUAAUUGUUUGUAAUGAAGAAUCAGUAAGCAUUGCAACAAUAUGCCAAAUCAAUAAAAAAGUUACAAAUCACCUUCAGAUAAAUUAAUUGUUCGAUCCUAUCCAUCAUCUUAUUUUCUAUAGUAAAGAGUGGUUUUUAUAAUUGUAAACAAUAUCAGGCAAUUUCUAAAAGAUAAAAAAUAAAAAUGUAUCAUAAUUUUGUAGUAGAAGAUGAGAGGAUUGUGCAUGUGUGAUUAAAUAGUUUUUUUAUUGCACAGAUAUGUAUAGGUAUACAACGAAAUACAAUUUUCUUUGACCAUUGAUAACUGUGGUACAAAUGCAGAUGUUUAAAUGUCUGCGUUUUAUUGCUACAGAAUUAGUGACUUGUUCAAUUAUGCUUAUCAAUAAAAUUGUAAAUUAUACUAGAAUACAACAUUUUGGUACUAGUACUUUCUUGCUUCUUAUACUUGAUAAACGUUUACGGUUUGUAGUUUGUCUCUUUUGGCUUUUAUAUUUUUUAAGGAGUAUUAAAUCAUCUAUCUGACUGCUAAAAUGUUUAAAAGAUCCACCGUGGAUCGUCACAAUGGCAACUGAGAGUAAUCUUCUCACGCAUUUCUUGUCUAUAUAAGUAAAUAUUUAAAAGAUUAUUCAAAAAAAUUAAAUAUACGAAUUAAGUAAAAUGAGUAAUGUUGACAAAAUUCCAACUUUACAAGUACACAAACAUUUAUACUUAUGAUACAAAACGAAUUAUUACAAGUUUCACACAAUUUUGACAUUUAGCAUGCUACUGUAUUUCAAAUGAUGUUAUUAUUGCACCAGUUUAUAGUUGUGUAUUUCAACUAACAAGAUUUAAAACACAAGAGUCAAUAAUAUUUAAAAUCAUAUUUUUUUCCAUACGAUCACAAUGUUCUUCAUAUUGAAUUUUAAGGAAAUACAACUACAUGAGACUAUAAGGUAUUUAUAUUCUAAUUAUUAAUUCUUUAAGGAGCUUGGCGUAGGUACAUAAGAUGUGGGGCAUUUGCAAAUUAAUGUGAUCAUCACGACCUAUUCGUUUGCUGUAAAUAAAAUGUUUUGAAGUUUUUCAAAGCAAACUGAUCCCGGUAAUAUGUGAAUCGCUUUAA